AGAGAGAGCGACUCUGCUCUGCAUCGAGCUGACGGUCUACAACUCCACACAUUCGCAUUACUGACACGCUCAGCGAGUGUGAAUGUAAACUAGCCGUUAAGCUAACCGCUCAGUGUCAGCAGUCUGCGGCGGGUCGCCGUGUUUUCAGCGAGCUGAGGACUCGUCGAGUCGAGUGACACUAAGAAAGAGGACUGGUCCACUGGGCUUUGUGAAACCUCCACGUAUGAGGUGGACUGCGCCGGGCUCUGGUGGGUCGGAAAAUAUUCUUGACGUUGUAGCUCAGAGUCUAGCAGCUGUGUGUGUGUGUGUGAGAGAGAGAGAGCUCCGCGGAUCACAGCGCACCGAGGAGAGCAUGGAGUAGACACACACUGAAGGAGUGCUGAAGAGACGGUCGCCUGGUUUUUCCUCUCUGAAGACGUAGAAGAAAGCAGCCUGGUCGGUUAGAGUCUUCGGCAAGCCUCAGAGGACUGAAAGAGACGGCAGGAUGUCUGUGCCGAAUGUGUUGGCCAAGGCCCUGUAUGACAACGUGGCUGAGUCUCCGGACGAGUUGUCCUUCCGGAAGGGUGACAUCAUGACUGUUCUGGAACGAGACACGCAGGGACUGGACGGCUGGUGGCUCUGCUCGCUGCAUGGCCGCCAGGGCAUUGUGCCAGGAAAUCGCCUCAAGAUCCUUGUGGGCAUGUACGACAAACAGCAGCAGCAGCAGUCCCCCACCCCCCAGUCCACCCUACCCACCAUCGCCUACACCAAACCCCCACCUGCCGCCCAGUACACAGCAAUGCACCCAGCCUACACCUGUACCAGCCCCCCAACCCCAGGCAACCCCGACAAUGUGUAUAUGCUGCCCCCGAGCCAUGGCAAAACAGCCCCCUCCAGUCUCUACCAGGUGCCCACUGGCCCCCAGCCUCCGCAGCCCCAGCCUAAAGCCCCUGCCCUCACACAGAAACAAGGUCACGGCAAGUACCACCCAGCCGGGCAGGAGAUUUACCAGGUGCCCCCCUCCAUGGGUGCACCAGGACAGGAGGUGUACCAGGUACCCCCGGCAGCUGGCGGAUCAUGUCCUGGGCAAGAUGUGUACCAAGUGCCCCCCUCUCUGAACAAGAAACAAGAGAUUUACCAGAUCCCCCCAUCCCUGGAUAAAAGGAGCUGGGACUCUUCCAAGACCUUGGGGAAGGUGGUGGUGCCCACACGAGUUGGUCAGGUGUAUGUGUAUGACACCGGGAAAUCAGAACAGGAUGAGUAUGACGUCCCACGACACCUGCCCCCCUCCCAGGACAUCUAUGAUGUGCCACCGACCCGUGGCCAAUACAACCAGCAGGUGUAUGAUACUCCUCCCAUGGCAAUGAAGGGUCCGACCAGCAGAGAUGCACAGGAAAUAUACGACACACCUCCCAGUGUGGACAAGAACCAGCUGCUCUCCCAGCAAACAGUUUAUGACUUCCCCCCAUCAGUAAGCAAGGAUGUUCCAGAUGGUCCCAUCAGGGAGGAGACAUACGACGUUCCCCCUCAUUUUGCCAAAAUGAAGAGCCUCGAUUGUCAUAUUGAAGCCACUCCAGAACCACAGAUUCCUGAAGAUGUGUAUGAUGUGCCACCUCCUCCAUUGGCUGGGAAACCCCAGUCUGAGGCACAGGAGAUCUAUGAUAUCCCUACCAGCCUGCGUAAGACCGGCCCACAGGAGCAGCAUCCUGGAGAUGUCUAUGAUUUCCCCCGCGAGCGCCCGGCUGUGGGCGAGGAGUCAGGUGAUCACGUGUACGAUGUGCCCCCUCAGGUAGUGCGUGAUGCAGCAGCUACUGAGGAGCUGACAGUAAGCUUCAAGCGCCUGUCAGCCUCCAGCACAGGUAGCACACGCAGUAACCUGUCCACCUCUUCUCUGGACAUGGUGCCAGUGCGGGACAGCACCGUGCCAGGACGUCUGCUCCCCCUGGACCUAGAGCAAGCCAUGGAGCGGCUGUCUCGCCUGCAGCAGGCUGUGGAGAGCUCAGCCUCACUGCUUAUGUCCUUCAUCAGCGGAAACUGGCGCAGCCCCACACAGAUGGAGUCCAGUCUGCCUUCCAUCCGCCAGGCAUCCGAGCGCCUCCGUGUGGCUGUCCGGGACCUGCUGGAGUUUGCACGUGGAGCUGUGGCCAACGCCGCCCAGGCCACUGACCGCACCCUGCAGGCCAAGCUCAACAAGCAGGUACAGAAAAUGGAAGAGGCCUUCCAGGGCCUGGUUAAGUACACUCAGGCGCUGGACGCCAUAGGCUGGGCACCUACUGCCCUCGUAGCAGCACCACCAGCUGGCAGUGGAGGGGAUGACCUGGACCGCCUGGUCAUGUGUGCCCGUGGAGUGCCUGACGACACCAAGCAGCUGGCAUCCUUCCUGCAUGGCAACGCCUCGCUGCUCUUCAAACGGACAAACAAGCAGCAGCAGUUGCCGCUGCCACCAGUUCCACAUGUUGGAGAUCAGCUGACCAACAACAACAAUGUCUCAGCCUACCAGACAGGUGUGCCGGAGAGAGCCAACAUCCAGUCCCGUCCGCUGCCCUCACCGCCAAAGUUCACAGCUGAGGAGGAAACUCCUGACAGGCCAUACGAGACCACAGAGGAGGGCUGGAUGGAGGACUAUGACUAUGUGCAUUUACAGGGUAAAGAGGAGUUUGAAAAGAACCAGAGACAGCUGCUGGAGAAGGGAAGCAUCAACAGACACAAUAAGACCCAGCUAGAGCAACAGCAGCUCAAACAGUUUGAGAGAUUGGAGCAGGAAGUCAGCCGGCCGAUUAACAACGACAUCUCGGGUUGGACCCCACCUCCACACUACCCUCCACCGUCGCGCAGUAAGCUGUGUAUGGGCGACCGGCAGCUGUUGCUCUUCUACUCUGAACAGUGCGAGGCCAACAUAACCACGCUAACCAAUGCCAUUGACGCCUUCUACUCAUCCAUCAACAACAACCAGCCACCCAAGAUUUUCGUUGCCCACAGCAAGUUUGUUAUCCUCAGUGCCCACAAGCUGGUCUUCAUUGGGGACACACUCUCCAGACAGGCCAAGUCCCCUGAGGUGCGCAGCAGAGUGGCCCAGCACAGCAACGCGCUCUGCGACAAACUCAAAGACAUUGUGAUGAGCACCAAGACUGCAGCCCUGCAGUACCCUUCUCCAGGGGCAGCCCGGGACAUGACAGAAAGGGUACGGGAGCUGUCCGGCUGCACCCAGCAGUUCCGCAUGGCCCUCAAUCAGCUACUGGCCAUGUGAGGCCCAUAUACAGAUACUGAGGCAUGGAGUCCCUUUCAGACUUAAUGGAUAUUUUAAUGGAUCUUUUCCAUGCCUUGUGCUUUUAUUCCCAAAAGGACUAAAACACUAUGACUGGGCAGUGCCAUUGGUUGUAAAUUAAUUGAUGUAAAUAUUGACGCUUCUGUAAGGUGCAUAUUUGGGUUGAGGGCGGGGAAUAGUGGGACAAAGCAAGAAGGUGUGAACCAUAUCUCUUUUUUGGAAUAAUGGAUGAGAGAAAACGACUGAAAAGUAGUUUUUAGAUAUGAUCCAUUAUUAUUAUUAUUAUUAUUAUUGCUAUAAUGUAAUUAUUGCUCUGAUUAUAAAAAUUGUCAGCAUUAUUAUCAUGCAAUGUUGAUUAAGGAUGUCUAAACUUUCAAAUGUGUAUGUAAAAGUACUUAAUGCUGUUUUUCAUCAAAGAUCGGUGAUGAGGAUUUUUCAUGAAUUUGCGUGUUUGCAUGAGGAAGGUGAGGGCAGCAGAUAAAGACAUGCAGUGCUUCAGACUCUUAGCGGAGGAGCUGGGUCAGGGUGGCUACAAAGGCAUGCUGGGCUACAUUAAUUCAGUGAGCUCUACCUGCUAUUAAAAUCUUCUAAUAAAACAUUCAUAAAUGCAGGAGACUGUCAAAGACUUGAGCUUUGAAUUGGAAGACCAGAUUAAAACAGAAACAUGUGGAAAGAGUAGAUAACUUUAACCAUCAACAUUUUCCAAAGCACAAAGCUAAAACGAGUAACUCCUCCCAGAAUGCUUGCUCACCACUUUCUCACUCCUCCUUACUGUGUUUGGACAAUUGUGAACAGGUUCGUUUUUGUGAGUUCCUGUGCACUGUUACAGAUCUUUCCUAUGUUCUUGAUACGGUUUCUGUUCCUGUCGGGGCAAACUUCCCUGCCAAAGCUGCUCUCCACAGCAGUACCAUACCCUGCUGGACAGGGUCAUCAUGGCCAAAGGGUUCUAAGCUUAAUAAAAGUAACUGAUAGGAGAUGCUUCUUUCUGAAGGCACAUUCUACAAUGUUUAUGUCUAUAACAAUGGCAGAUCUGUUCCUACAAAGAGGCUCUUUUUCUCUCCAGCUCUUUGUACAAAAUCACGCUUAACCACCUCAAAUGCACACGCUUUCUGUAUUGAAAUGGUCAAUUUUAUUGAACCCCCAAAGACCAGCUAAAAGCAACUGUCUCUCUCUGUACUGUAAUGUGGCAGCAGCUAUUCUGUAGAGUCACUCAGCAUUUUCAGAUGUUCUGUCAAUGAAAUUCAAAGCUGAGAAGCCCAAACGUCUGCCUCAAACUUUUUCCUUGCCUUCUAACACCCUGUUGGUUGUAUUCUAAAUAUCAGAAUAUGUCAGCAGAAGUAGUUCAAUGAAAUUUAUUAUAUCUUUAAGUACUGCAACAUGUUGUUGUGCAUAUAGUCAAAAUCCCUAUCCAGUUAAAAAAAAAAGAGUACAUUGAAAAAAAAAUAGUGAUCUGGUAUUUGUUGUAAUGUUAUUCUGUUCUCAAAUCUGUGCUUAAGGGAUUGAAACACAUUGAGGUAAUAUGUUAAGAACAUACUGUAAAUUGCAUAACUGGAAAAUAUAUGUUUAAUAUAUUUUCAUUAAAAAAAAUAAAUCAA